AUGACUUGCUGUGAAAGCUGGACGUCCUGCAAUGGAUUUAGCCUGCUGGUUCUACUGCUGUUUGCAAUAGCUCUCAACAUAGUACCGAUAGCCGUUUACACAGUCGAACGCAGUGAGAAUUUUCGAAACCCCAUAUCUUGCUUUGAAUGGUUUUUCCCUGGAAUCAUAGGAGGAGGUGCUUUGGCCAUUCCAGCAACUGUAAUAAGCCUGGCUGCAAGAAAAAGGAAAUGCUGCAACAACAGAUUUGGAAUGUUUCUGUCCUCUGCCCUGAGCCUGCUGACUAUUGGGGGAGCUCUCUACUGCAUGCUCCUGUCUCUAAUGGCUCUCUCUGAAGGACCGCUCAUUUGCAAUUACAGUGGCAACAGCACAGUGGAGUGUGAACUUUCAAUGGCAAUGAAAAACUUGAGCACCAUUCGUAAUCAAUUCGAUCUGCAGUGGUUUUACUUUCCUACCUGCCAGCCUGGUCACUCCAACAAUUCUGUCAACUUUAAUACAAAUAGUUUCCAAAGCAAAGGUUUUACCUUUAGCUCAGAAGAAAACAGGCACAGGAUUAUUCACUUUACAGUAUUUGUUGGUUUGUUUUUGGUUGCGGUUCUUGAGAUCUUAUUCAGUAUCAGUCAGAUAGUGAUUGGGCUGCUUGGCUGCCUUGCUGGAGUUUCCAAGAGGGGAAGCAAUAAAAUAAGACGGUAAUAUAGAAACAAGGCCAGUCUCACUCUCAAGAGGUUUCCACUUUGAAAUGGAAAUGUAAUCUUUAAGAUAUACAAUGCUGAGAUAUUAGUCAACCACAUGAAAUUGUGAUCUAAAUGUUAUUUUUCAGUCAAAUUUUGUUUCAUUUU